UCCGACUAUUCCUUUUUGUUUACAGCGGUCAAGUUGUUGAACGAGUUAAAAGGCACAAUGUCGGUUAUUGAAAAUGUACCGGUGAAUACAUUUCGGAAUUAUUUAAAUAUUUUAAAUGAUUCCUCUUCUAAAGACGAACUUAAGCUGAAAGCUACUCAAGAGCUAAGUGAACACUUUGAAAUGAUAAUGCAAAGUCCGGCAUAUCCGUCGUUCUUAGAUAAUUCUUUAAAAAUAUUUAUGCGGAUACUUCAGGAUGGCGAACCUCAGUUCAUUCAAGAAAAUACAAUGCAACACAUACGUAAACUGAUUUUAGAGAUGAUUCAUCGAUUGCCUAUAACAGAAAGCUUAAGGCAACAUGUAAAGACAAUAAUAACAAUGAUGCUUAAAAUACUUAAAACUGACAACGAAGAAAAUGUUCUUGUAUGUCUUCGCAUUAUAAUUGAACUGCAUAAGCAUUUUCGUCCAUCAUUUAAUUCUGAAAUUCAACUAUUUUUGGGAUUUGUUAAGGAAAUCUAUACAAAUCUUCCUAACCAUCUUACAUCUAUAUUUGAAACAUCGAAUGAUGUUUGGGUUACCGAUUUAAAGGACUUAAAUUUGGAAGUACUUUUAUCCGAAUCAUAUUCUGUUAGAACUAUCCAUGUCGAAAAGGCACUUGAUUCAAAUUCUCAACAACAAAUUUAUAAUCUCCUUCCUCGUGGAAUAUUAUCUUUGAAAGUUUUACAAGAGCUCCCAAUAAUAGUAGUACUAAUGUACCAAAUAUAUAAAAACGCAGUACAUCAAGAAGUUUCUGAAUUCAUUCCUCUUAUAUUGACUACUAUUAAUUUGCAACCAACAGUAACACGAAGAAAUUCUCCUCAGAAAGAAAUAUAUGUCGAAUUCAUGGGUGCACAAAUUAAAACUCUGUCAUUUUUGGCGUACAUUGUCCGAAUAUUUCAGGAAGUGGUAAUAGCUAGUUCAUUAUCUGUAACCAGCGGAAUGCUCAACCUUAUGAAAAAUUGUCCCAAGGAAGCCGCUCAUCUCAGAAAAGAACUUUUAAUUGCUGCCCGUCAUAUAUUUGCUACAGAUUUACGUCAAAAAUUUAUUCCAUCAAUCGAACAAUUGUUUGAUGAGGAUUUGCUUAUUGGAAAAGGAGUUACAUUGGAUUCUAUUCGGCCAUUGGCGUAUUCAACUUUAGCUGACCUAGCUCACCACGUUCGCCAAAGCCUAAAUAUAGACGUUUUAAUAAAGGCAGUGAAUCUCUUUUCAAAAAAUGUUCAUGAUGAAUCACUUGCUGUGGGAAUACAAACUAUGUCAUGCAAGCUUUUGUUAAAUCUAGUUGAUUGUUUACGUCAUCACAGUGAAACAGAACCACAAAGAUCAAAAGCUCUACUCUCAAAACUGUUAAAAGUGUUUGUAAAAAAAUUUGAAACUAUAGCUAAAAUUCAGCUUCCAUUAAUAAUUCAAAAGUGCAAAGGGCACGCAUUUUCUGGAGCAUUGGUAAAUUCAUCUGGCAACGCUUCCUUAUCACACAUUAACGCGCCAGAUCUAAAAGACGACAUAUCCAACAUCCAAGUAUCUGCAUCUGGAUCACAAUGGAUAUAUUCCGUCAAUGUCGCUGAAUUUCGAAGCUUAGUAAAAACCCUUGUUGGUGGAGUAAAAACAAUAACUUGGGGUUUUUUUAACUCAAAGUUUCAGCUAACUGAUACCAAACUGGCCAACCAUGAAAAAAUUUUUGGACCUGAAAUCGUAUGUUCUUACAUCGACUUGGUUUACUAUGCGAUGGAGGCUCUAGAUAUAUACACUAUAAACGUUAAUCCAAAUCAACAGAGAACGUCUGGGUUGAUUUCCAGAAGUAAAGAAGAAAAAGAAGUCUUGGAGCAUUUUAGUGGCAUAUUUUUAAUGAUGCACUCCCAAAACUUUCAAGAAAUAUUUUCUACUACGAUUAAUUUUUUGGUGGAAAGGAUCUACAAAAAUCAGUCCUUACAAGUGAUAGCGAACUCCUUUUUAGCAAAUCCUACUACUUCACCUCUGUUUGCCACUGUUCUAGUGGAAUAUCUUUUGAACAAAAUGGAAGAAAUGGGAUCAAACUUGGAACGCUCCAACUUGUAUCUACGAUUAUUCAAGUUGGUAUUCGGCAGCGUAAGUCUUUUUCCAGUCGAAAAUGAACAGAUGUUGCGUCCACAUCUUCAUAAAAUAGUCAAUAGAUCCAUGGAAUUGGCUUUGAUAUCGGAGGAGCCGUAUAACUAUUUUUUACUUCUGAGGGCAUUGUUUAGAUCGAUUGGAGGAGGAAGCCAUGACCUAUUAUACCAAGAGUUUCUGCCACUUUUACCAAACUUAUUAGAAGGAUUAAAUCGCCUACAGAGUGGAUUUCAUAAGCAGCACAUGCGAGAUCUUUUCGUGGAACUUUGCCUUACAGUUCCGGUCCGCUUGUCAUCUUUACUGCCCUAUUUACCAAUGUUGAUGGACCCAUUAGUUUCUGCGUUAAACGGAUCUCCAACAUUAAUAAGUCAGGGCCUGCGAACCUUAGAGCUUUGCGUUGACAAUUUGCAGCCAGACUUUUUAUAUGAUCAUAUACAACCAGUAAGAGCUGCUUUAAUGCAAGCAUUGUGGAAAACUUUAAGAAAUCAGGAUAACGCCGCUUUGGUUGCCUUUCGCGUUCUAGGAAAAUUUGGUGGCGGCAAUCGAAAAAUGAUGGUGGAGCCACAAGCUUUGUCGUAUAUUAUAAACGACAAGCCCACCAUUUCCAUUGUAACUUAUUUUCAGGAAUACGAAACACCAAUAGAUUUUCCUGUUGAUGAAGCGAUUAAGUCCGCCUUUAGAGCAUUGGGAUCAAAUUCUACUGACCAGUUUUAUAGGAGGCAAAGCUGGGAAGUAAUCAGGUGCUUCUUAGCUGCUUUUAUUAGUUUGGAUGAUGAAAAACAUAUGCUGCUGAAACUUUUUACACAUGUAGAUUUUGUUGAAAAUAAAAUUAUGAAUUGGUCUACGUUUCAACAUAAAGCCGGGAACGAAACUGUACGAGAAACUCAUCAGACAGCCCUCAUAGGUAUGUUGGUUGCAUCAGCAACAAAGGACUUGCGUGAUUCAGUGUGCCCAGUAAUGGCCGCUGUUGUGAGGCAUUAUACUAUGGUAGCUAUUGCACAGCAGGCCGGACCUUUUCCACAAAAAGGCUACCAAGCCACUCAUGGAAUUGACCCCAUGAUAUUAAUAGAUGCUUUAGCCUCUUGCAUGGGUCAUGAAGAAAAGGAGUUAUGCAAACCCGGAAUAGCUUGUAUGGGUAUUAUACUUGACACUGCAACAAAUAUUAUGGGUAAUAAAGACAGAGCGUGUAAAUUGCCCAUAAUACAGUAUCUAGCAGAAAAAAUGGUAUCCUUAUGCUAUGAUCGGCCAUGGUACUCAAAAGUAGGCGGUUGCCAAGCAAUUCAAUUUUUAUGCAAACAUAUGUCUUUGCGAGCCCUUUUUCAAAAUCUCUUUAAUUUUUUAAAAGCUUUCAUGUUUGUAUUAAUGGACCUAGAGGGAGACGUUUCUAAUGGGGCUAUUGAAAUAACAAAAAGUUAUAUGAAAAGCAUGUUGGAAAUUUGUUUAACGCCAAUAAAUGAAUGUUAUAAGAAUAUAGAUCUAAAGGACUUACAAGCCAAAGCCACUUAUGAAGUUAUUCACGAAUUAGUGCGGCACAUCACAAGCCCUAAUACCAUUGUUAGAGAAGAAUCUAUGGUACUACUUAAACAUAUUGGUACAAUACAAUCCAAAACCGUUUCUGAAGUUAUGGAUCCUCAUAAAGACGUUCUCGCUGACAUUAUACCGCCAAAGAAGCAUUUAUUGAGACAUCAACCCGCAAAUGCGCAAAUCGGACUUAUGGAUGGCAAUACAUUCUGCACAACUUUGGAGCCAAGACUUUUUACAAUUGAUUUGACGAAUACCUACCACAAAUUAUUUUUUCACGAGUUACUUACACUAAGUGAAGCCGAAGAUGCCACUUUAGCAAAGUUGGACUGUUACAAAAACGUUCCGAAUCUUAUACCACUUAGGACUAGUGCGUUGCGAGCUUUAGCAGCAUGCCACUAUAUAAGUGAUAUCGGAUACAAAGAAAAAAUAAUAAAUAUAAUUUUUAAAGUAAUGGAAAGUGAUAAAUCAGAACUUCAGACAACUGCGUUUCAUUGCAUGAAGCAUUUUAUAACUGGAGUUACUCUGGAAAAAGAAAAGGUACAAUCUGCAAUGCGCCCACUGCUAUUAAAAUUGGGCGACCACAGAAAUUUAUCGAUACCAGCAAUAAAACGCUUAUCUUACUUUACUCAGAUCUUUCCUCAAAUGUUCAAUGAGAAGUUAAGUGAGCAAAUUUUGCAACAUUGCUCUAAAAUUAUGGAAAUAUUUGUUAGUGAAUACAAAUCCACAAGUCCAAACGUUAAUUUUUUUGCAUCAUCGAAAGGUGGAGAAUAUGAACAGAAAAUUGUCAUACUAAUCGAAAUGUUUUUCUAUAUAUCAGCAUCAGUAAAAUACAUUGAAAAGCUGUGCCAACUUGUUUUAAAAACGGAAAAAAACUUAAUGAUUGAGGCAUCGAGUCCAUAUCGAGAAGCCCUAAUUAAGUUUCUUCAACGAUUUCCAACAGAAACUGUGGAUUUAUUUUUAACGGAAUCUCUUAUGAUAGAUCCGCAAUGGAAUCGUCUUUUUAUAUACUUGUUGAAACACGAAACGGGAGUAUCAUUUCGAGCAGUUAUUAAAAGUAGUCGGUAUAAUAAUUUAAUACAUUAUUUAAAUACACACACAGAAUUUCCAGAAGCACUCAAAUAUGAAAUUCAGCACCAAGCCGUUUUAAUAAUUUUUACAUUAAUGGAAUCAGACGAUCAAUGGAUACCAACACGACAAGAUAUUGUUGACGCCCUUAAAAAUUGUUGGCAGAAUUAUUUAAGUACAUUAAGCUCUGAAGACGUUCUGUGUGACUUAUGGCAUUUGAUUGGAAAAAUACUUUUGCAUUAUUUUUCUAACAAUACAAAUGACAUUGAACUGCUGUUUCAAUUAUUACGUGCUUUAUGCUUCCGAUUUAUACCGGAUGUCUAUUUCCUGCGGGACUUCUUGCAACACACAGUAGCACAAAGUUUUACGGUUAACUGGAAACGAAACGCAUUCUUUUACUUUGUUGAAAACUUUAAUAACAGCUUUCUUUCAGAAGAGCUAAAGGCAAAAAUAAUAACAGCAGUCAUAAUACCCUGUUUUGCUGUAAGUUUCGAUAAAGGUGAAGGAAAUAAACUAAUUGGGGCUCCUCCGACCCCGUAUCAAGAAGAUGAAAAAAAUAUUGUGUCCGUUUUUAUUAAUAAAGUGUUUGACCCAGAUAAACAGUAUGAUGAUGCAGUAAGAAUUGCUCUAUUACAACUAGCAUGCUUAUUGGUAGAACGUGCAUCUCAGCACAUACAUGACGGAGAUGCUAAUAAUAAGCGCCAAGGCAAUAAGCUUAGACGACUCAUGACCUUUGCCUGGCCCUGUUUGCUGAGUAAAAGUUCAGUGGAUCCUACUGCACGAUACCACGGUCACUUAUUACUUUCGCAUAUAAUCGCAAGAUUGGCCAUUCACAAGAAAAUAGUUUUACAAGUAUUUCAUUCCUUGUUGAAAGGACACGCAUUAGAGGCCAGAUCUAUUGUUAAACAGGCACUUGAUGUUCUAACGCCAGCUAUGCCGUUGCGAAUGGAGGAUGGAAAUACUAUGCUAACACACUGGACAAAAAAAAUUAUAGUUGAAGAAGGUCACGCUAUGCAGCAGUUAUUUCAUAUUUUGCAGCUCAUUAUUCGUCAUUAUAAAGUGUAUUUUCCGGUUCGACAUCAACUAGUGCAACACUUGAUUAACUAUAUGCAGCGCCUUGGGUUUCCUCCUACUGCAUCUAUUGAACAUAAAAAACUUGCUGUGGACUUAGCAGAAGUUAUUAUAAAAUGGGAACUUCAUCGUAUUAAGGAUGAUCGUGAAACUAAAACAGAUGGAACCGAAGAGGAGUUAAUACAGGAAAGCUCAGUAAAACGAUCAGGGAUCGAUUUAGUAGAAACUCGAAAAAAGUCAUUCGAUAUUAUAAGAGAAACAACAGUCCAAGGAGUGGGAUCACAUACCAAGCCUGAUGACAUACUGCGAUCAAUAGAUAAAUCCUAUUGUGAUACGGUUUUAAAUUUCUUGAUACGUUUAGCAUGUCAGGUUAAUGACCCGCAAGCCCCAAUACUUUCGCCAGGAGAAAGUUUGUCUCGAAGGUGCGUUAUGCUAUUAAAAAUGGCGAUGCGUCCCGAGAUCUGGCCUCAACCAUUUGAUAUUAAGCUUAAUUGGCUUGAUAAAGUUCUUGCUACAGUGGAAACCCCUCAUCACAACUUAAACAACAUAUGUACUGGAAUAGAUUUUUUAACAUUUUUAACUACUAUACUAAGUCCAGAUCAGUUGGUGUCAAUUAUACGACCGGUUCAACGAGGCCUGUCCUUGUGUAUAAUUCAUCAAAAUACACGAAUUGUGCGGUUAAUGCAUAUGUUUUUGACGCGAAUAAUGGCAAUUUUUCCACCUGACACCCAACACAAGCAUGAAGAUCUUGAUUUGUUAUAUACCGCUGUUAGUAAAAUGAUCGCUGAAAACCUAACAAGUUACGAAAAGAGUCCACAACCGAAUGCUUCUUCGCUUUUUGGUACCUUAAUGAUUUUGAAAGCGUGCACUACUAAUAAUGCAAGUUAUAUUGAUCGAAUUUUAGUCCAGUUUAUAAGGGUUCUGAAUCAUCUUACAAGGGAUCAUAUUAACACCAUUGGUGGUAACACUGUUAUUAGCCAAUCUCCUGAUUCAAAUGCUUUACCUUUAGAACUCUUAGUUCUCUCUUUGGAAUUAAUCAAGAAUAGGAUCUUUGUAAUGAGUGUGGAAAUCAGAAAACUUUUCAUAGGCACCAUUUUGGUUAGUCUUAUAGAAAAGAGCACGGAGGUAAAAAUUAUAAAAUGUAUAAUUAAAAUGCUGGAUGAAUGGAUUAAAACGAAAGAGCCAAAUGUUAUGACACAAGUUCCUUCUAUUCGCGAAAAGUCGGCCUUGCUGGUAAAGUUAAUGCAAAACGUUGAAAAGAAAUUUACUGAUGAAAUAGAGCUUAAUAUACAAUUCUUGGAAAUCAUAAAUUUUAUAUAUAGAGAUGAAAUUCUUAAACAAACUGAGUUAACAAACAAACUAGAGGGAGCUUUUUUAAACGGAUUACGUUUUCAAAAUCCAAACGUACGCUCGAAAUUUUUUGAGAUUUUAGACUCAUCAAUGCGGCGUAGACUUCACGAUCGAUUGUUAUAUAUAAUUUGUUCCCAAGCUUGGGACACAAUUGGUUCCCAUUAUUGGAUAAAACAAUGCAUUGAAUUGCUUAUUUUAACAGCCAAUACAAUGAUGCAAAUUCAAUGUUCAAAUGAACAAUUUAAAAUACCCAGCAUUACUUCAGUCAUUCCAGUGAAUUCAUCAGAAACACAGGAAAAUUCCUUUGUAUCCUUCUUAUCCUCUCAUUCCGAAUCUUUUGACAUUAUACAAACUGUUGAUGAUAAAGACGACGUGUAUGAUAUCGAUUUAAAUGCUGAUCGCAAAGAAGAUUGUCAACAAAUACUACCAAAUCGACGUGUUACUCUUGUUGAACUAGUUUACAAGCAAGCUGAAUUUUUAGAAGCAAACCGAAAUAUUAGGACCGACCAGAUGCUUGUCGCCACAUCUCAGCUAUGUCAUAUUGAUACACAGUUAGCUCAAAGCGUAUGGUUAUCUAUGUUUCCACGUAUUUGGAGUAUAUUCACUGAAGAUCAAAGGUGUAAUAUCACAAAAGAACUGAUUCCCUUUUUAUCGUCUGGAACUAACGUUAAUCAAAAAGACUGCCAUCCAAGUACAUUAAAUACUUUUGUAGAGAGUUUAACUAAAUGUGCGCCACCCAUAUAUAUUCCACCUAAUUUAUUAGCAUACCUAGGCAAAUCUCAUAACCUAUGGCAUAGAGCUAUACUUGUUUUAGAAGAUAUGGCCGUUAAUCAAUCAAUGCAAUCCAAGGAUAUUGAUGGCGGUGAAAAUCAAUUCUCUGACUUGGAUGUACAACAAUCAAAUAAUAUAUUUGAUUCACUUUCAAAAAUGUAUUCUUCGAUGCAUGAGGAAGAUCUUUGGGCUGGCCUAUGGCUUAAAUUUGCACACUACCCGGAAACAAAUAUAGCUGUUUCGUAUGAGCAAAUGGGAUUUUUCGAAGAAGCCCAAGGUGCCUAUGAUCUAGCAAUGACCAAAUUUAAACAAGAUCUAAGUAAUGGUGUAGUUAAUACAUAUGUUAAUAGUGAAUUAUUAUUGUGGGAAAAUCACUGGAUGCGAUGUGCUAAAGAAUUGAACCAAUGGGACAUUUUACUGGACUAUGCCCAAACUAAUAAGGACAAAAAUAUGUUUUUGAUUCUGGAAAGUUCGUGGCGCGUACCUGAUUGGAAUUUGAUGAAAAUCGCACUGGCUAAAACAGAACAAUGCUAUUUAAAACACUACGGCUUUAAAAUCAACCUUUACAAAGGGUAUUUGAGUAUUCUCCACCAAGAAGAAAGGCAAACAGGCAAUAUCGAACGAUAUGUUGAAAUUGCAUCCAGCUUAUGCAUUCGUGAAUGGCGUCGAUUGCCGAACAUAGUUUCACAUAUUCAUUUGCCAUAUCUUCAAGCAUCACAACAAAUUAUGGAGCUUCAUGAAGCAAGUCAAAUCCAUCAGGGACUUGCUCAAUCGCGCAACAAUUCACUUCACGAUAUGAAAGCUAUCGUGAAAACUUGGCGUAAUCGUUUACCUAUUAUUUCUGAUGACUUAUCGCAUUGGAGUGACAUAUUUACAUGGAGACAACAUCACUACCAAAUAAUAACACAACACCUAGAACAACAAUCGGAUCAAGGAAGUACAAUGCUAGGAGUUCACGCAUCAGCACAAGCUAUAAUUUCUUUUGGAAAAAUAGCUCGGAAACACAAUUUGACUGGUGUUUGUCAGGAGACGUUGUCCAGGAUAUAUACAAUUCCGUCUGUUCCUAUCGUGGAUUGUUUUCAGAAAAUUCGGCAGCAAGUAAAAUGCUACCUGCAAAUGCCCUCAACAUCUGGAAAAAAUGAAAUUAAUGAAGCCUUGGAAGUAAUUGAGUCCACGAAUUUAAAAUACUUCACUGGUGAAAUGAAUGCUGAAUUUUACGCUCUAAAGGGGCUAUUAUUAGCACAAAUUGGAAGAUCAGAAGAGGCUGGAAAAUCAUUUAGUGUUGCUGCUCAGCUUCAUGAUGGUCUUACCAAAGCCUGGGCAAUGUGGGGUGACUAUAUGGAACAAAUAUUUUUAAAAGAAAGGAAAAUCACAUUAGCCGUCGAUGCUUUAAUUUGUUAUUUACAAGCAAGCAGAAAUCAAAUUGAAAGCAAAACCCGAAAAUAUAUUGCAAAAGUUUUGUGGUUUCUGUCUUAUGAUAAUAAUACUAAAAUCCUCAUAAGCACUUUAGAAAAGCAUGUGGCAGGCAUUCCACCCUCUUAUUGGCUACCAUGGAUUCCUCAGUUGCUCUGUUGCUUAGAACAGUUCGAAGGGGAUGUUAUAUUAAAUCUCUUAAGCCAAAUUGGACGCCUUUAUCCUCAAGCGGUAUAUUUCCCGAUUCGGACUUUAUAUUUGACUUUAAAAAUCGAACAACGCGAAAAACAUAAAACUGCUGAACAGGCUGUAAAAAGUUCAUGCUCGAACAUCGAUGGAACUACUUUAAGCUUUGGAAGGGGAGCAAGUCACGGAAACAUUCCAUCAAUAAAUCCCAUUAAAGCAACUCCGCCCAUGUGGCGCUGCUCUAAGGUGAUGCAAUUACAGAGAGAAGUACAUCCAACAAUAUUAAGUUCAUUGGAAGGAAUUGUAGACCAAAUGGUUUGGUUUAGAGAAAGCUGGACAGAGGAAGUUCUUCGACAACUACGCCAAGGCCUAAUUAAAUGCUAUGCCAUAGCCUUUGAAAAAAGGGAUACUGUUCAACAUUCUACCAUAACACCUCACACGUUGCAUUUUGUCAAAAAGCUGGGUUCUACGUUUGGCAUUGGAAUAGAAAAUGUUCCGGGAUCAGUAACCUCCUCAAUUUCUAAUUCAGCAGCCUCGGAGUCUCUUGCUCGACGCGCCCAAGUUACUUUUCAAGAUCCAGUAUUUCAAAAAAUGAAGGAGCAAUUCACUAAUGACUUCGAUUUUUCAAAACCUGGUGCCAUGAAAUUGCACAACUUGAUAUCAAAAUUAAAAACAUGGAUAAAAGUCCUGGAGACUAAAGUUAAAAAAUUACCCACGUCCUUUUUGAUAGAAGACAAGUGUAGGUUUUUAUCAAACUUUAGUCAGAAGACAGCUGAGGUUGAACUUCCUGGAGAAUUGUUAAUUCCCUUAUCAUCUCAUUAUUAUGUAAGAAUCGCAAGAUUCAUGCCGCGUGUGGAAAUUGUACAAAAAAAUAACACAGCAGCGCGUAGGUUAUAUAUAAGAGGUACUAACGGGAAAAUCUAUCCGUACCUUGUAGUUCUUGAUUCAGGUUUGGGAGAUGCUCGCCGAGAGGAAAGAGUUUUGCAGUUAAAACGCAUGUUGAAUUACUAUUUAGAAAAACAAAAAGAGACAAGUCGAAGAUUUCUUAACAUAACGGUACCAAGGGUUGUCCCGAUAUCGCCCCAAAUGAGAUUGGCAGAAGAUAACCCAAACAGUAUUUCAUUGUUAAAAAUAUUUAAAAAAUGCUGUCAAAGUAUGCAGGUUGACUACGACAUGCCAAUAGUUAAGUAUUAUGACCGUCUUUCUGAAGUACAGGCAAGAGGCACUCCAACUACACAUACCCUAUUGAGAGAAAUAUUCUCUGAAAUUCAAUGGACUAUGGUCCCAAAAACAUUACUAAAGCAUUGGGCUUUGAAAACAUUCUUGGCGGCUACUGACUUUUGGCAUUUCCGAAAAAUGCUUACCCUGCAGUUGGCUUUGGCAUUUUUAUGCGAACACGCUUUGAAUCUUACUCGACUGAAUGCGGAUAUGAUGUACCUUCAUCAAGACUCAGGACUUAUGAACAUAUCUUAUUUUAAGUUUGAUGUAAAUGAUGAUAAGUGCCAGCUUAAUCAACACCGACCUGUACCAUUUCGCCUGACUCCGAAUGUUGGUGAAUUCAUAACACAUUUUGGAAUAACUGGACCUUUAUCUGCAGCAAUUGUGGCAACGGCUCGGUGUUUUAUUCAACCAAAUUACAAAUUAAGCUCAAUAUUACAAACCAUUUUAAGAGAUGAAAUAAUAGCCCUGCAAAAAAAAGGAUUCAGAGAAUGUAAACUAAUCGAAGGCUCUGAAGACCGUUAUUCCGAUGGAAAUUGUAUGGAGCACUCAGUAAACAUUGUGAAUUCAGCGGUGGAUAUCAUAAUGACGCGUUUUAAUAAAAUAUCUUAUUUUGAUAGCAUUGAAAAUAAGAAGAUUUCCGUGCUCGUUCAAUCGGCAACUAACAUUGAUAAUCUUUGUCGUAUGGAUCCUGCUUGGCAUCCCUGGCUAUAAUAUUGCAAAUGUUACUCUAAAAACCAAAUAAAAUGAUAUUUUGUAUUGCAGCCAUAUGUAUUUAAUUCAUAAGGCAGAUUCUCAA